CAGGCAGAGGUGGUCACUGCAUUUAAAAGGAGCAGGAACCCCUCCCGUUCAAACCCUUUGAGACUGAAAAAAAGAGGGAGAAACUUCAAGCAACUCCGGUUAGCCCUCCAGAUAAGGAUGCCAAACUGGGGAGGAGGAGCCAAGUGUGGGGCCUGUGAAAAGACAGUGUACCAUGCUGAGGAAAUCCAGUGCAAUGGAAGGAGUUUCCACAAGUCGUGCUUCCUCUGCAUGGCUUGCAGGAAGGCUCUGGACAGCACCACCGUAGCAGCUCAUGAAUCUGAAAUCUACUGCAAAACCUGUUAUGGGAGAAAAUACGGCCCCAAAGGUGUUGGCUUUGGACAAGGGGCUGGAUGCCUCAGCACUGACACUGGAGACCACCUGGGCUUGAAUCUUCAGCAGGGGUCACCAAAGCCUGCUCGCCCUUCAACACCAACUAAUGCUUCCAAGUUUGCCAAAAAGAUGGUAGAUGUGGAUAAAUGUCCCCGUUGUGGCAAAUCAGUGUAUGCUGCGGAGAAGAUAAUGGGAGGAGGGAAACCUUGGCACAAGACCUGCUUCCGCUGCGCUAUUUGUGGGAAGAGUUUAGAAUCCACGAAUGUUACGGACAAGGAUGGAGAGCUCUACUGUAAAGUUUGCUAUGCAAAAAAUUUUGGUCCCAAAGGAAUUGGGUUUGGUGGCCUCACUCAAGUGGAAAAGAAAGAGUGUGAAUGAGAAGAAAUAGAUGCAACGGACUCAAACUGCUGCUGAUGCCACCAAGUGACAGUUGUCAAGUAAAACAUUAACCACCACAUACUUCUAAGAACCUAGAGCAUUUGAUUAAGAUUUUCCACCUUGCAGGAAAAAUUAAUGAGUUGCAUCUUCAAAAAUUCUUAGAGUAGAUUAAAAACAGUGAUAAAACUAGACUCAAGUUUGUGUUUAAUAUAUAAGGACAAGGAAUCUCAUGGAACAUUAUUACUUCUUGAACUAGUACUUGUCACAUUUUAGACUGGAAUUUUAGACUCAUGGUGCCCCAUUAUGAUAGGGAUCCCUUCUGGAGUGAAGGGUCCAGGUGUUCCCAGUUAGACUGUACUUUCUUUUGUUCACAAUGUUAAUUCAUCUGUAUUUCCACCAGUCUCCUAGUUGAGUUUUGAACAUGCUGGCAUUUGUGUUAUAACAAGUAGAUGUCAUUUGCUUUGAGACAAUUAAAAAGGAUUUAAAAUUU